AUGGCUAUUAAAGAUUUAGUGUUAGUUACUGGUGGAACCGGGUAUGUUGCUACUUUUACUUUAUACCAAUUAUUGCAAAGAGGUUAUACCGUUCGUACCACCGUUAGAAAUGUUUCUAGAUCAAGUGAAUUAAAUAAGGAUUUAAUUAAUUUAAAUUCCAUCAAACAUAAUCAAUUAUCUUAUUUUGCAGCCGAUUUAACCAAGGAUAAUGGUUGGGAAGAAGCUAUUAAAGAUUGUGAAUAUAUUUUACAUAUUGCUUCUCCAAUAAGUGGUGGACAAGCUACCGAUGAAGAAAUGGUUACUCCUGCUAAAGUUGGUACUUUAAGAGUAUUAAAUCUUGCUUUGAAAUAUGGAGUGAAAAGAGUAGUGAUUAUGUCAAGUUGUGCUGCUAUUACUUAUAAUGAAUUAAAACCAGAUCCUGUGACUGGUGCACCACCUUUAUUAGAUGAAUCAGUAUUUUCAUCGGAUAAAGUUAUUCCAAACUCUUAUUCAAGAUCAAAAUUAGUUCAAGAGAGAGCAGUCUGGGACUGGCUUAAAGCUCCUGCUAAUAAAGAUGCUGCUAAUCCAGUUGAAGUUGCUGUUCUUAAUCCACCUGGUAUUUUCGGGCCAAAUGUUCCUGGUAAACAAUCUCAAGCUGCAGUGACGGUUAUAGGAAAUUUAAUUAAUGGAAGGCUGAAAACAGGACUUCCAAGACUUUAUUUUGGUUCAUGUGAUGUUAGAGAUGUUGCAUAUUUAACUUAUAGAGCCAUGAUUGAACCAAAAGCCAAGAAUGAAAGAUUUAUCGUCGAUUCAACUGAUAAACCAGAUUUAUCAAUGUUUGAAUUAGUUCAAGUUAUUCGUAAACAUUAUUCAAUCACAGAAAACAAUAAAGAUGGAAAAGUCAAUUUAAACAAUUUAGCUGCUAGAGAAUUACCAUCUUGGUUAGUUCGUGUCCUAUCUUAUGUUAUGCCACCUUUAAGAUUGAUUGUUCCUUAUUUAGAUAUUAAAAAGCAUACUACCAAUGCUAAGGCUGUUAAAACAUUCAAUUGGAAACCAAUCCAAGUUGAUGAAUCAGUAAUUGCCACUAUUGAUACUAUGUAA